CUAUUUCUUCCAACUCAUCGUCAGCCCAUACUAUCUUUAGUGUGGCAGCGCUCUUUACACUAUACUGAGCAUAAUCAUAAGCUAUAUUUUUGCAUUUCUUUUCCUUUCUCUCUGGUUACUUCUUCAUCAAUAAUAGUGCUUUCUUCUUUUUUGUUUGCACCUUAUUCAUCAUGAAGCGAGUCAUUUCGCUCUUUUGCGCACUCGCUAUUUAUAUCAGCUUGACUUUAGCACAGGCAGACCCCAAAAAGGAUAAACUUACAUCUCUUAUCAACCAAGAAGGCAUUAUCAAGCUAAAUUCUAAUACCUAUGAUCGCUUCACUGAAGGAAAGCGUAAUUAUGGCAUGGUCGUGUUAUUGACUGCCCUUAGCCCUCAAUUCAACUGUCAUCCAUGCCGUGAAUUUGACCCCGAGUUCAGCCUUGUCGCCAAAAGCAUCCAAAGUAGCAAGCAUGAUAAGGAUCUCUUUUUUGGACACCUUGACUUUGCUGAUGGACAAGCUAUCUACCAAAAGCUUCAACUUGUAUCUGCACCCAAUGUCUUUUACUUUCCACCUCAAAAGGCUGGAGAAUCAAAAGAGUUUAUCAAGUAUGAUCUUACCAGAAAUGGUUUUGCUGCAGAGACCUUUGCUGAUUUUUUGAGCCAACAAACUGGAUUCAAAGUAAAAGUGAAGAGGCCGUUCAACUAUGUCAAAUUUGGUGGUCAGUUAUUCCUUGCGAUUGGAGCAGCAGCCAUUCUCAAGUUGAUAUAUCGUAAUUUUGGAUUUAUCGUCUACCACAAGACAACUUGGACUGUUGUCUCCAUCUUGACCGUAUUGAUAAUGACAUCUGGCUAUAUGUGGAACCGUAUUCGUGCACCAGCUUAUGUCAUUCCAACUCAAAGUGGACAAAUCAAUUACAUCGCUCAGGGUUUUUCAUCCCAACUUGGUAUUGAAUCACAAAUAGUUGCCAGUAUAUAUGGGUCACUUGGAUUAUCUGUGCUUGCAUUAAUCAAGAUGGUACCUCAUUUUGAAGAAAAGAGUCGACAAAGAUUUGCAGUCUUUUUAUGGAUCGGAUGCUUUGUAUUUAUCUUUAGUAUAUUAUUGGCUCUGUUCAAAAUCAAAAAUGGGGGUUAUCCCUUCAAGUUGCUUAUGUAGUCAUGUUUUCUAAUGAAAUAAAUCUUGGUUUUAUGAGAAAAUGAAGGGAAUGUGUCAUUAAAUUAUAACAAAGAGACAAUGAAAAUAUAGGUGACUAAGGUCAAGUAAUGAU